GAUAGAAUAUUUUUGUUUGUUUUCGCUGAAAGUUGGUGAUAGAACGAAAAAGGAAAAGUUAGAAAAAAAACGAAAAACUUGAGAAAUUCCAUCAAAGCGCUUGAAGAAAGUUUCACAAUUAAUUCGAAAACUAUUUUAAUUCUGAGAACAAGAAAGAACUAAGAAGAAAUAUUUUUUAAUAAGAAUGAAAAGUUCUGACGCAAUUUUUUAAAGACAAUUAAAUGAACAAAUGAAUUUUUUUGCACUCGAAAUUAAUUUUUUGUGAUAAGUUAAUUUUUAAACACGACGAAAGCACAAUUGAGUAAAAUUAAAAAGAAGACAAUGGAUAAAACGUAUUUUAUGAAGACGCCAGACUAACAAUCAAGAAAGAAAAAAACUAUUUUUUUAUUGAAUAGAAAUCGCUGAAUGCAUUUUAGCGACUUUGCAUUUAUGAGAAAUAAAUUGUGUUCUUGAAAGAAUAAGACUCGAAUUUUUUGUACUCAUUGUGAUAGCGAUAGCGAAUUGAACAAACUGAGAAAGCAACUAAUCAAAAUAGAAUAUAAAAACUUUAGUGUUUUGAUAAGCGUCGUGUGAGAUUUUCUUUUAUCCAACAAUAAUAUUAGUCGAGUGUAAAUUUAAAAAUAAUAGAAAGUUCAAUCAAAAAUGGCUGUGCCCUUCCAUGUGCCCGACACUGCAACUCCAGCAACAAGUUCGAGCCCUUCGACUGCACCGUCAACAACGACAGCGACAUCAGGCUCGAUGCCACAUUUACCGCAACCACAAAAUCCAAACGGUGGUCUCACCACCGCACAACAUUCGCCCUUGCUCACGCCCGUAAACAGUGAAUAUUUGGUGCAAGCAUUUUGUGAAGCUCUUUAUCGUUAUUCUCGUGUUCAAGGAGGUUGGUGGCGUGUUUUUAUUUGUUGAAAGAAAAUAAAAUAAUCGACCAGAAAAGAAAUAAUAAAAAGAUGACGAGAACACUGAAAAAAGUCUGACAUAAAAUUGACACGAAAAAAAAAAGUAACAAAAAAUAUAAAAUGAAAAAGAAGGCGAAACAAAAGCGAAAAUCUUGUGAUAUUUAAAGAUGAGAAUAAAAAAAGAAAGAAUGAAUUUAAUUUGUCCUUUGUGAAAGGUGUUUGAACUUCUUUUCCGAUAUUCUUCGUAUCCCGUAAAUUGGUUGACCAAAAAUAAAUUAUUUUUUUGUGUCCAAAAAUAUCUCCAAGACUGAGACAGAAACAUCUGGGUUCACCGGGUUACUCGAUGACAACGCCACCCAGCCCAUCAUCAUGCAAUGGUGACGUGUUUUUUAAUUUCAACGAUCUCCGAAAUCCUCAAACUGAUGACUUCUAUGGAUCUCCACGAAUCCCACGACGAACAAGAAGUCAUAGCUUAAACAUGCCAACAAGAGUGCGAUUAUCUUCUCAAGGGCAUGAUAUGACUGACGAUGAAGAUGAUUCAACCGAAGAAAAUUUUUCUGAACCAGCCAAUUUAUUUCAUGAGCAUUAUAACUACAUGGUGGCAAGGGAAAACAUGCAGGAAUUCUCUGGUCGUGUGCCACAACGCAAGAGGAAGAAAGAAUCAGAAAAUCCGCAACAAGACAGCAACAAGCCAAAGGAACCAAAGUUUGCCUGGCCACUCUUUGCUUUAGGUGUGCUUGCCGUUGGUUGCGGAUUGCUUGCAACUCGGUGAAUUAAACUUUAUUUUCUUGUAUGUUUAAAUGGAAACUUAUCUUAAAUUAAACGCAAUGAAGCAUUUGAUAAAGAAAAAAAAACUUGAAAACAAUAUUUGUAGUCGUUAAGGACAAAGAAAUUUUAGCCGUGAAUAACUUCAUUCACUGCCAUAAAUAUUUUUCGGAAACUUUUAUUCGCGGUGUAAAUUUUUAUAAUACAAAAAUUUGAUAAUCUCGCUAUUGAAAUGAUAAAGAAAAAGUCAAGGACUUGAAGAAAUUAUAAGACGCACUAAGUAAUGUUUUUUGAUGAGACAUACAUAUAAUAUUUAGACGAUAAAACUUCUGUCAGUGAAGCAAGAUAAAGAACACAAUUCGUAGUAAAUAUUUUUGUAGUGAGAUAACUUUUCAAAAUAAAAUUAUAAAAUAUUAAUAAACGACUCGUAACAUUGAACGGAAACAUUUUCCAACUUAAGUCUAUUCAAAAUCCUUUAAAUUGAGAUGAAAAAUUAAUUAAUUAUUUAAUUAAGCAUUUUCGAAAAUAAUAAUGAAAUGAAGAAUUAAAUUUUAACCAAAAGCGAUUUGUGAUUCAGAAAAGUUAUAUAAACAUAUUUGUAUGAAGAAUGAAAAAGUAUUUAAGAAGCAUUAAAGUAUUUAACAUUAAUCAGAUUUUCUAUGAUAUAAAACUCACAGAAAGAGAAAAAGUUAAAAAUUGAAUGAAGCUUAAAAUUCGUUUUUGUUCGCUGAUAAUAAUUUAGGG